UUUAGGAGCCAGUGACCUUUGAGGAUGUGGCUGUGAACUUCACCUUAGGAGAGUGGGCUUUGUUGGAUUCUUAUCAAAAGGAGCUCUACAGAGAUGUGAUGAAGGAGACCUUUAGCAACCUGAUCUCCAUAGGGAAAACUGAGGAAGAAAAUAUUGAAGAUUACCAAAAUAUUAGGGGAAAUCUGAGCACUCUCGUGGUUGAAGGAUUCUAUGAAUUUGAGCGUGGUAUUCAGUAUAGAGAAACACACCAACAGAUUCAAGAGCAUAUUGUUAAUAAGUACAUGCCUCCUGGAGUAGUAGCAUAUGAAAAGAGUGUAUGUGAAAAUGAUGCCAUUGGUCUUUCCCAGUCAGAUGUGCGCCUCAGAGUGCUCACUGUAGAGAAGCCGUGUGAGUACCAGAAAUGUAUGGAAAAGCCUAUUAAGAAUAAGAAAUGUUGGAAAGAUUUCACAUAUUCUGAGUCCUUUCUUACCCGUGAGCAUCCUUCCAGCGAGAAACCCUAUGGAAAUACACGAUCUAAUGACCCCCACAGGAGUCUCACUUCUGAUCAAGAUUAUGAGACAACACCUACUGGAGAUAAUCUCCAUAGAUACAAGCAACUUGAAACUGCUCUCAUGACAUGCAGUUAUGUUCAGUCAUAUGAAAGAACCCAAACUGGAGAAAAACCAUUUGUGUGUAAGCAAUGUGGAGAAGCCUUUGUUAAUUCCAGUCACCUUAUCAAGCAUUAUAAAAUUCAUACUAGAGAGAAGACUUUUGCAUGUAAAUAUUGUGGGAAAGCUUUCAUUCAUCCAAGGGCCUGUUAUAACCAUGAACGAACUCACACUGGAGAUAGACCUUAUGUAUGUAAACAAUGUGGGAAAGCAUGUAUUCAUUCUUACCAUCUUCUCCAACAUGAAAGAAGUCACACCCGAGAAAAACUUUAUGCAUGUAAGCAGUGUGGGAAAGUGUUCGGACGUUCUUCAUACCUUCGAAAACAUGAAAGAAUUCACACUGGAGAGAAACCUUAUUUAUGUAAGCACUGUGGGAAAGCCUUCAGUGAUCCCACAACCCGUAACAAUCAUGAGAGAACUCAUACUGGAGAGAAGCACUAUGUUUGUAAGCAGUGUGGGAAAGCCUUCAUCCGUUCCUCUCAGCUUCUGAUCCAUGAAAGAAUUCACACUGGAGAGAAACCUUACUCCUGUAAACAUUGUGGAAAAGCCUUCACCUAUUCCAGUGCUUGUUAUAUUCACGAGAGAAUUCACACUGGAGAGAAACCCUAUGUUUGUAAGCAGUGUGGGAAAGCAUUUACAUGUUCCACAUACCUUCACAAACAUGAAAGAAUUCACACUGGAGAGAAACCUUAUUCAUGUAAGGAGUGUGGGAAAGCCUUUAUCCAACAUAGGGCUUGUUACAAUCAUGAAAGGAUUCACACUGGAGAGAAACCCUAUGUGUGUGUGCAAUGUGGGCAUGCGUUUACUUUUUCAAAAUCCCUUCAAAUACAUGAAAGAAACCACACUGGAGAGAAACCAUAUGUAUGUAAGCAAUGUGGGAAAGCAUUCACAUGUUCUACUUAUCUUCACCAACAUGAAAGAACUCACGGUGAGAAGAAAGCCAGUGGAUAGAACUUAUACCAAUGUAAAUCAUUUGAGAGUCUUUGUACCCAGCUUGCUGUUAUUGCAAGGAAGGAAGGAAGGAUGGAGAGAAACCAAGAGAAUAUGAGCAACUGUGUAAUUUUUACUUACAUAUGCAAGUAUACAUAGGAUAAAAACCUGUUGUACCAGGUUUGUUGCAUGCCUUUUAUUCAACACGAGGGCAGUGGAAGUUUUGAGAAUUAUAACAUUCAAUAAACCUUAGCUACAUGGAUGGAGGGUUUAAACACUGCUUGGGAGAUGUAUGAAGUACAGUUUCUGACCAAAUGAAAUUGUCAUUGUACAAAAUAAAACUGUACGUUUUAAAUAAGAGUCAUUAUUACAUUUUUUUUUCAUGUAGUUGAAUAGUAUAAGCAAGAAAUAUGAAGGGACAGAGGCAUUUUUUUUGUAAACUAUUACUGAAAACCUGAAAUACACUAAAAACUUUAAUAAAUGAUUUUUAUGUUUGUUCCAUUCUUAAGCAUAUACUUAAAAAUAACUGAAAAAUUUAUAAGUAUGGUUUGGCAAAUAAAAUAAACUUUGGCAUU